UUCUUAUGCUGAACAUUUGAUGACUAUGUUGCAAAAAAAGAGAGCUGGCGUGACAGAUAAGUGAUCGCAUAUUACAAAACGAAAGGGAAUAAUUGAAACUCUAUCUUGUUAGAUCGCUAAAAAAUAAACAUCUCUCAUAAGUGUGCACAUGUUUAUAGUUUUCCUUUCGGAACAUUCCAAAAGAGGUUAAAAAUCCGUGACACUGUUUAUUUGGGUUGCUGGGAUGCCACUUCAGUCAUGGUAAAGUGUAUCUCACUGCAAACAGAUGAUAUCUGUCAAUUUCCUGUAAGACUAUCACCUGAACGCUAAAAGGGCAACACCAUGAUAGCCAGUGUUAUCUCAAUCAGAGGUCGUAGACCUACGGCGUCUGAAACAACAAGCUCGACUCAACAUGAUGUACGACUCAUUCCUCAUUUGCCUGGACAUGUUGGCAUUUUGACUUUUAAGACAAAAAGGUCUUAGCUAACCACUGUUUGUCCCCACACAAACGAGAAGAAGAAAAAUGUAUUCUUCUCUGCGUGUGCGCACGUCUGUAUGCAGAUGAGCGUCAACAAUGAACUUAGUAAAUGUCCGCAAGUUUAAGGACCCCCGGCCUCCUCAUUAUUUCUGCGCCUUGAAGUUCAUUGAAAAGCGACAUUGUUUCUUUAAGGUUGCACUCGCAGUCAUCAGCGGGUCUGUCCAUUGUUGGGGGGAACAGAACAGCGAGUUGAGAUUGAUAUACGGGGGCCGGAGACAAGUUGCGCAUAUCAUCAGCGGACCAGCUGCAGUGCAGGCAGCGAGACAGUAGCUCAAAGUCCUUGAACGCAUCUUCCAGACAUGGGUUGCUAUGAGUGCUGUAUGCGGUGUUUGGGUGGGGUGCCAUACUGCUCCCUUGUUGCCACACUUCUCUGCUUCUCUGGCAUUGCCCUCUUCUGUGGUUGUGGGCACCAGGCGCUCACAGAGACAGAGAGGCUCAUCGAGACAUACUUUGCACGUAACCUUCAGGACUACAUAACCCUAGCCUACAUCAUUCAAUAUUUCCAGUAUGUCAUCUAUGGUUUGGCCUCCUUUUUCUUCCUUUACUGUAUUGUGCUUUUGGCUGAGGGCUUCUACACUACGAGCGCUGCAAGGCAAACCUUUGGAGAGUUCAGGAGCACCAUGUGCGGCCGCUGCCUCAGCUCCUCGUUUAUAGUGAUGACGUAUGUGCUCGCUGUGCUGUGGCUGCUGGUGUUUGCCUUCUCGGCAUUGCCAGUGUACUUCUUCUACAACAUGGACGCUACCUGCCACACUAUUGAUAUUCUGACUGAGACCCCAGCAAGUAUCAACCAGCUUUGUGUUGAUGCAAGACAGUACGGACUCUUGCCAUGGAAUGCAGUACCAGGGAAAGCUUGUGGUAUGACCCUGUCCAAUGUCUGCAAGACAAGAGAAUACCGCAUGACCUACGAUCUCUACAUUGCUGCCUUUGCCGGCGCUGGCAUCAUGCUCCUGGCUCUGGUGCACUGUUCCCUUCACUUGGCUGUGUACCAGGCGUACCUGAAGAUGCUACGACACAGGGCAAAAAACGAGAGAGGCUACGACCUGUAUAGGAGACCGCAGAGGGACAGAGGAGAGAUACUGUGCUCUCCGUACUCUGAGAACAACCAGUCUGACACCUUGUGAAAGGACACUUUGUAGCAGUUUUGCUAACAAGCUUUCUGCAAUAACUGUAACACCAGAGCAUGUCAACAAAUUACACAGUUUUGUAGAUUGUUCCACUUUAAUAGUAUCAUAGAGGCAUAUUUCAACAGUUGGGGCAUGAUACGAAAGCAGUUUUUUGUUUUUUUUUCUUAACCAAGCAUUACAACUUCAUAUUUAUCCUUAUUUCAACACAAUGUGCUGCAUGUGAAUAAUUUCUAUAGAUUAUGUACUUUUUCUUUUCCUUAAAAUGUACCUUUGAAGGCAAACAUAAGGAUUUUCUUUCCUGCCUCGAUCUAAUUUGACAGUAUGCAGCAUAUCCUUCUAAUGAAGGGAAAAUAAAAAUGCAGCACAUGGUUUGAUUUUUGUUUUUAAUGGAGAGGAACACCGUUGACCAUCAGGUUCCCACACAGUCAUUCAGUGACACUCAAGGAUAUGAAGAAAUUCAAAUACGGCACAUUUUGGGGUUAGAUCUGAAGACCCAUUUUAUUUGGAAAUCCAGAUGCUUCAUUUUAACCUUUAAACGUGAAGUAGCUACUGGUAAAAGGGAACCAGUAGUAUAGAGAUUUAUUUUAGUGACCUGUUUAGAGAUUAAAAACAAGUUUAGGUAUUGUUUUUAAACUUUAAUAACACACACACGGAUUUUUAAGCAACAUGUACCAAAAAGAAAAAUAGGGUCUCCAUUUGGUAGUUUGCAUGAUUUAUUUGUAGCCAAGCACUGGAGCGCAUUCAUGACAGGCUUCUACUCAGCAGUGCAAUAAGAAGGGAAGUUUUUCAUUACAGUAACACAGAAUCAAGAUGAACACACUUAACUUUCACACAGCUUAACUCGUACUCCUUUGCUGAGCACUGAAGGUUGAACGGAUGUUAGAAAAUGAAUACAAUUUACACAAGGACAAGCCCACAAAAAAAAUUAAAAAUCAGCUUUUACAUUCAAUAUUACAGCAACAUUAAAAAAAAAAAAAAAACAUUAGGCAGGACUGCAGUGACACAGGAGGCUGUAUCGUGAUACUGAAGGUUAUAAAUAUUGGAUUCUCAGGCAUGUCAGACUUCAGGUAAACGGUGAGAUGAGCUACAUUGUUGAAACAGGAUUAAAACUGGAAUCGUAUUGUAAGACAUCAGCCUUUUGUCUCAUUACAGAAACAUUAACACUGAUAAUAAGCAGACAGCCCUCAUUUUUGCUUUGAAUUAAUGUAGACUACCAGCCUGAUAUUGAAAGCCCUACUCACUUCACAGUUAAAAAAAAAAAAAAAAAAAUAGAAAUACCAGUACUCAAACACACAAUCAUAUGCACGAGCUGUUGUAAGCCUACAUUUCCAAAAAAAAGCCCAUAAUAGGAGAAUACGACAAUACCUGAUUAGAUUUGGUGCACUUUGAAAGUGAGCCUCUUGUAAUGUUCGCCAUUAGUCUGCACGCUCACUGAAAUAUGAUGCAAUUUUGACUCGGAAGGCAAACACUGUGAGCCCACGCUGACGGACGACACAAGACCGCCAACGUUACAGAAACCGUUACGAGAACACGGGGGCCAUAAUGAGAACUUUAUGCAUCCCAUAAAAAGAGAAAUAUUUUAUCCGAUUCAUGCAACUGAAUUUGUUGCUUGAGAAGAUGCAGUUUCAAGAUCAAAAGAAUAACAAUACAUUUAAAUGUUAAAUUACAUUCUUCAAAAUGAAUUUAA